CUCUUUUUUUAGUUUCUCGCUCGUACUAUAGCGAGUCUCUAUAGGUUUAGUAGUUGUUAGGCGGCGAUUCGCUCAUAGCGCGACCAACGAAGGAUGACGUUUAAUGCAUUAUCAAUAUUAUUUGUAUACGUGACUUGUGAAAUCAAGAUAACAAUUGAUAUUUAGAAUUUCAAUCCAUGUGCAUGAGUAUAAUUAUUUAAUUAAAAAAUGGGUAAUCAUUCUACUCGACAUAAUGAUAAAUUGGAACAAAAACAUAUUCAUUCAGCUACAACCACUAACAACAAAGUAUCUAAAUCAAUUUCCCGUAGUACUUCCAGUAAUGAAAUCGAACAAAAUUUUACGACACAUUUUCUUCCUAUUGACAAAUUGAGCAAAAUUUUGGCUGAACAUAGUGAAUAUGAAGAUAGUGUUCAUCAUGGUAUUUCAGAAAAUGUAUUUGUCAAAUAUUUAUUCCCUCACUAUCCUCAAUUGGGUUCGAGGUUAUUUAAAUAUCUCCUUGCUUCAUCACAAAAAGUUUCUUCCAAAUACUUAGGAACAUCAACACUUAAACAAGAAGUUGAGAAGUUAUUAUCUUUGAUGAAUGAUCAAAUCAUUUUAGAUACUUAUGUUAAAAUUUACUGUCACUCAUACGAAAAUAGUAAUAUGACUCCAGAGACUUUGAAAGAAUUAUUGAUGAUUUCUUAUCAAUCAGCAACGGAAAGUGAACCAAAUACUUGUCCAUAUAUACUCGAAACAAUUAAUACUGUUAUUACCUCUUGCUUUCACGGAAAAGAAAAUCUUUCGAUAUGUUAUGUAAGUAAUUGGCUGUCACAGCACUGUCCGAGAGUAGUUUCUGGAGUACAUAAAGCAAUUGUCCAUAUAUUUACUAUUGCCUAUCGCUAUGGUAAAAAACUUUUAUCAACUGGAGAAUUACAGCUACGGGUGGAAUCAGUUACACCAGUUUUAGAAAAAGCCGUAUUUUUUGAUAAGCCUGAGAAUUUACUACCAUUGAGCCAUGUUUGGCUAUUAUCCAUCUCCUUACCACUCACAUAUAUUCAGACUGAAGAUUCAUCACCAGAAAAUAAUAUGGCUAAAACGCUUCCAAUAUCAAGGAGUCCUUGUCCAAGCCAUUGGACUUUACUUUACAGCAGCGAUGAACAUGGGACAGGGGCUAAUCGUUUUCUUCAUCACGUGUUGGGGUAUCGCGGCCCAACGAUAGUCAUUAUUAAAGGAGAUAACGGCAGUAAUGGGCAUGCUACUUAUUGCAUAUGUAAUGCUGUCGAGUGGCGAGAGUCUCAUCUUUACUGGGGUGAUGCGGACUCCGUUAUUCUAGAAUUAUAUCCUACUUAUAAGAUAUUUCAGAAAAAAUCGAAAAUUUUGUACUUAAACACUGGUAUACGAGGAUAUCCUUAUGGGUUAAGAGCUGGAGAUGAUCCACGAAAUCCUAUUAUUAACAUCGAUCAAUCAUUUCACUCAAUCAAUUUUGAAGGUGCUCCUCAUCGUAUUACAAGUAUCGAAGUGUGGGGUUGUGGCGAUCGAAAAUCAAGAGAACGACAAUUAGAAGUUAAAAAAUGGCAAUUACAAGAAGUUGAAAAACAAAGAGUUGUAAAGUUAAGCCCCAAUGAUUGGUUGGAUCAUCCUGAUCGUUAUUUACUAGAAUUGGCAGGUCGUCAAUCAUAUAAUAAUGCCAGUAGUUGAAAGAAUUUCUGUAAAAAUAGUUUAUUAAAAUGUAUAUAAAUUUGACUGUAAAAAAAAAUUAAUUGUUUACUCCAGUUGUAAUAAUUAAUUAUUAAAAUCAAAUAUCUUAUAUUUUUUCAUAAUAAAAUCAUAAAACAAAUAAGAAACAUUAAAGAAGAUUAGUGAAUAUCAAUACUAUCAUUUUUUUAACUCGUUCAAUGUAACGAUUAUCUUUUAUCUACCUAAUUACAAUUGAGGUAAUGAUCAAUUAUAAAACCUGUAAUGAAUUUGGUUUUUAAACUUAUCAUCUAACUUAGCAACUAGGCUCUACUCUAAGUAGUCCACAGGAAAGAUCCCAUUUUGAAAGAUUUUGAAAUCUAAACUGUGAGUUUAAAAUACUAAUAACAAAUAGUUAAGGAGGCUUCAAAUUUGUUUAGAAAUUAUAAGCAAACAAAGAAAACAAUAAUUGAAAAAUGUUCAUCCUUGAAACUAUUGAAUUAAGUUUUUAGUACCCAUAGAAAAAAUUUUGGGCUUAAAAAAAGCUAAAGUUUCUUUUUUGGUAGAUUAUCGUCUCGAAAAAUUAUUAUUAGCAAAAAUAUAUUUUUGUUUACUAUAUAUGUAAUCAUAAAGGUGAUAUGGAUAGAUCUAAUUAGAUCUGCUCUGAUCAGAGCAGAUCUACUUAGGUAUGACUUUUUAUACUUUAUGUUCAAAUAAAUAGCUCUUACAAAUGCACUAACUUUAA